CUGUUAACUGCAGAUGGAAGCCCCAUUCGUGGGGGUGUACUGGCCGACGACUGUGGCCUGGGAAAGAGCGUCACCGCCCUGGCAGCGAUCGACCGGGACAGCGAACGGCGCACCAUCCACCGACCAGCACUUAUCCUCUGUCCCGCCGCGCUCAUCGACACGUGGUUCACGGAGAUUCAGACCCAUUUCAAGGCGCGGUUCACGGUGCACCUCUUCCAUGGGCAAACCGCUCACACCGGCGACCUGGCAUACAAGCAGGCUAUUAUCAACAACAGGAGCCAGCUGAUUGAUACCUUGGGCCGUCUG